AUGCAUAAUAAUUUGGGGCUUUGUGAACAAAAAGUCACAAGACGAGAACAGAACCCAUUCGUGUUACCUGAUAAGGGAAUUAAUCAAUUACCACAACCACUACAACAACAAGAGCUUAUUCAUCCGUUAUUAUAUAUCAAUGAUCAGUUAAAUGAUCAAUUAAUAAAUGUAAAAGAAGAAGAGUCUCUGUCAUUAUUUAAACCAGGUAAACACUGCAAACCACGUCAUCCACCAUCACACCGCAAAAGUCAUCGUGCCUACGCAUUAUUUACCAAUCCACCCGAUGUAAUAAAAGGUGCUUUGUUGUUUUGGGAAACCUUGGAAAACGGUACAUUUGUUGUUGGACAAUUUAGUGAAGGCUUCUUGAAAGGAGAAGAGGAAGAUUACACAUUUAAAAUUUAUCAAUCCAGUAAAGAGAUAUUUGAUUUGAAACCGAAAAACGAAUCAUUCGAUAAAAUUUUUAAAGUUAGAUCUAACAAUAGUACCGAUUCAUUUCUCUUUAAUGUUAAUGAAACUUUGAUAACUAGUGGUGAUAUUGUUGGUUCUUAUUUGGUUAUUGUGUCACUUUCUAAAAAAGCUUUACAAGUUGGAGAAAAUUUAUGUUCCAAAGCUGACAAUCUUGUUAAAGAAUGUAAAACCGAUGUAGAAAAUAUCGAACAAUUAUAUCCUAAACUUAAAUUUAUAUGGAAUGAAUUGGUGGUUCAACUUAAGGUAGAACAUUUUACAUGUAUAAAUAUUGUAUAA